AAUCUACUUUAGCACUCCAAAGCCUGCGGUGCAUUCACUUUUCAACGUAUAUAUGCAUCUUUUUCAAUGCUUCAUUUGAGUUUGGGGGCUUGGUUUCUCUUAGGACGUUAAUCUUGAAGCUCCAGGUCCAGGACAAGCAUGGAUGGGAUUUUGCAGCUUAGAGCUGCGGUUUGACGGAAAGAUUGAAAUGGGUUCGGAGUAUAGAGGUUAAGGAGAUGAAGACACAAAUAAAUAUGGUGAAAGGGAAAGGAACUGCGAGGGUGAGUAGUCAGCAGGCGGCUUUUGAGCUAAAACAGCGCGUGGUUCUUGCCUUGAAUAAGAUUGCUGAUAGGGAUACUUAUCAAAUUGGGAUUGAAGAGCUCGACAAGGCAAUCGAAUGCUUAACCCCAGAUGGGCUUUCCUCAUUUUUCUCUUGCAUAUUGGACACUGAUUCGGUGCAAAAGAGUGCAGUUCGUAAGGAAUGUAUUCGAUCCAUGGCUUCACUAGCAACAUACUAUGAAGGCCUAGUAUUGCCCUACUUAGGGAAGAUGGUUGCUAGCAUUGUUAAACGGCUCAAGGAUUCAGACACUGUGGUGAGAGAUGCUUGUGUGGAUACAAUGGGUGUAUUGGCUUCCAAGUUUGGUAGUGAUGAGGGUGGAAAUAAUGGACUUUUUGUUGCUCUAGUGAAGCCUCUAUUUGAAGCGUUGGGUGAACAGAAUAAGCAAGUACAGUCUGGUUCGGCAUUAUGUUUGGCAAGGGUCAUUGAUAAUAUCAGUGAUCCCCCAGUGUCAAUAUUGCAGAAGAUGUUAGCAAGGACUGUUAAGUUGCUCAAGAACCCACAUUUCAUGGCAAAACCAGCUGUCAUAGAACUGAACAGAAGUAUCAUUCAGGCUGGUGGUGCUUCCACACAUAGUUUGUUAUCUGCAGCCAUUGCUAGUAUCCAAGAAGCUCUCAAGAAUAGCGACUGGAUAACACGAAAAGCUGCUUCUGCAGCAUUAGGGGAUAUUGCUUCCAAUGGUGGAGCAUUCUUUGGCUCUUUCAAGUCUUCUUGCUUGCAUUGUCUUGAAUCAUGUCGCUUUGACAAGGUUAAACCAGUCAGGGACACAGCACUGCAGGCAUUACAAAUCUGGAGAAACCUUCCUGGAAGUGAUACACCAGAACCAUCAGAAGCUGGGUCUUCAGUUAAAGAAAAUUUCUAUAGAGACGAGUAUUCUGAUAUAGCAAGUGCCUGUACUUCUACACCCAAGGAUGCUCGAAUUAAGAGAAUUGGUACAAACUCAGUCAAGAAAAGGGUCCCUCUCUCUUUCAAAAAAUCAGGGGACAAUCUUAUUGAAAAUGCUCAGCAUUCAAAAGCAGGUGAUUGGAGCAUAGAAAUUGCAGUUCCAAAGACUCGUAACAUUUCUUUGUCAGAUGUUCAAUACGAAGAAUCUGAGGGUAGUUGUGUUACUAAGACAUGUGAAAGAAGUGGUGGUAGGACAAGUACUCAGGAUGUGGAAUAUGAAUAUGUGCAUGCGGAUGACAAACAGGAGUGCUCUUCUGCCUCUGCUCAUUUUCCCGAGAAUUUUGAAUCUAAAGCAUUGACAGUUUGUCCUAGUGUCCUUGAUGAAGUUAAUCUUGUAAAGAAAACAGGUAGAGGUCCACUUUUUACAACUGAAGAAAUGAGCACUGAAGAAAAAAGAUGCAGGUCCCAAAUCCGGGAUCGUCAUAGCUUGGACUCCACAGUUACUGAAUCCAGUUUUCCCACAAUGAAUGGCUGUUGCUCGAAAACGGCAAAUGACAUAGCAUCCAUUCGAAAACAACUUCUGGAGAUUGAAAAUAAGCAAACAGAUCUGAUGGAUUCGUUGAGGGUUUUCACGUCCAACAUUAUGGAUAGUUUGUCAAUGAUACAGUUGAAAGUGUCAAGUCUUGAAGAUGUGUUUGAAGGAAUGACACGAGAGCUUUUCAAUGGGGGAAGAAGUACAGGUAUAGUUGCAGCCACAUUUUUGAAGAGAAACUUAGAUUCUUGUUCUCCUAGAAUCUCUACUUGCACUCCCAGACCAUCUGUGGAUAUAUGCAAUAGACAGUCUGCAUCAUUGCCACCAAAAGCUGUGGAUACUUGGGAGGAAGAAGCAUCUACCAGGAGCAGAUCAAGCAAUUUUGCUAGACAAGGUGCAGACGUAUGGACUAAUCCAUCUCAAAAGUUGAGUAAAAGUACUGUGGGAAAGGGCAUCCACGGACAUGGUGGCCAAAUGAGAAAAACUGAAAAUGUCUUUGCUUCAGUUUCUGCUGUGAACAGUAGACAGCGCGGUGCAGAUGGAAAGGAUAAUCUGUGGAGAGGUGUAAGUGGUUAUCUGUCUGAAGGAAAUUUUGACUCCGCAUAUGCAGAAGCUCUUUGCUCUGGGAGUGAGCUUAUUUUGUUUGAGCUUCUUGAUAGAACAGGUCCUGUACUGGAAUAUUUAUCGGAGAAGACAACCUGUGACCUGUUGAAUACUUUGGCAUCAUAUUUAUCAAAGAAAAAAUUUGCAACUUCCAUUUUCCCUUGGUUGCAGCAGGUUGUGGACUUGACUGCCAUCCAUGGACCCAAUUACGUUGUUAUUUCUUCAAAAGCAAGGCGUGAUUUCCUGUUAGCUGUUCAACAAAUUGCCGGUUUGAAAUUUUCUAACCCAGUUGAGAGGAGAUUUGUGACAGAGCUAGCUAUGACAUUGCAGCAAAUGUGGGGAAAAUGCUCCUAGCAAGCAAAUGCCCUUGGUGUAUUUACAAUGCUCCAUGUCCAUGUGAGGAAGGUGACAAGCCAAAAGCUGAUUUGCUAUGUAACUUGAUUAUAAGUUGAUUUAGCUUCCCUUUCCUGAUAAAACUGCUACUUGUGCUUGCUUACUGGACUGGCUUGGGGGAAGCCUUUGUUUGCUAGAAAGAUCCUUAAUUUCCAGUGUCCCAAGUAUUGAUACAAUUUGAAUGCGUAGGGAUGGUUAGACUGCACUUUCUGGUCUA